UCGUCUUGUCGUCGCUGUUGUUGCUCUCGCGCGGAAGUUGUCGCUGCUCUGCCGACUUUUUGUUAUUGUUUUUACUUUGAAGUGCUAGUAUUUUUUUGAAUAAUUUGAUUUUGGUUGAGCCCACGCGAUUCCACUGCGCUGGGACACCGCCUACAAUUGAAGUUGGAGGCAGCAGUAACAAUAAUAAAAUACCAUUAACAGCAGUUACAACAACUACGGAAGCAACAACAACUGUUUAAUCUGCUGAAGUGCCUUGAGUGAACUACUAUGCAGCGAUGUGACCCAAAGCAUAAUAAGGCGAUAGCAGCAGCAGCAGCAGAAGCCGUGGCAGCCGUGGCAGUGGCAGAGGCAACCAACGAGGGAGCAAUAGCAACAGAAGAGCAACAUCGAAUCGAAUCAAAUAAUAAUCGAUAAUUAGCGAAGACAACAACCAACUGUAAAACCAAUUUGCUGAAACUGAAACACACCAAACAACAAACAACAAACAAAAUCAAACAAACAAACGCUGAGAGAGGGAGCAGACUGAGCAACGAACGAGCGACGACGUGGACAACAAAAAAACAAACAAACAGAGAAAUAGAGAAACAAACAGAGAAAUAGAGAAACAGAGGGACAAAGAAACGGGCAAAAGAAUCGUUCAGACUAAAACGUGAUUAACACACACAACACCAUCAGACCACCAUGCCCAGUACGGCAGGCAGUGCGGCUGGCGUCGGCGCACUGAUCAACAGUGCCGGCAGCAGCGCCAGCAUGGGCAUCGGUGUUGAUGGCGGCGGCAUCGGCGUUGGCGGCGGCGGCGGUGCCAGCGUUAGCAGCGUGGCUGCUAGUGCCGGCAGCAGUGCUGUGGGCGCUGCCUCAGCUGGUACACUGAUAGCACAGAGUACAGCGGGCACCAGUGCCGCCAGUGGCACCAUCACGUGGGACAACAACGGCACACUGCGCUCCAUCAAUCCGGGCGACUGGUCGAUUGAACAGUGCCUUAUUUGGCAGCAGCCGCAUCAUCUCUACUUUCAGCUGGGCUGGGCCUUUCUCUUUCUGGCGUUUGUGGCGCCACACGGUCCGUUUGGGUCGCUAUGGAUGCGCGCCACACUGCUCAUCGGCUGCAUCAUGAUGGGCAUGUACGGCUACCUGAUUGAGUGCACUCCGGAUGUGGUCCUCUGGUCGGGCCUUGGCAUCGCCAUCAACUUUGUCUAUCUGAUUGUGGUGCUCUGCCGGCUGCGUCCGGUGCGUUUUGAUCAGGAAAUUGAAGCGGUGUAUGUGGCAUUGUUUCAGCCGCUGCGCGUGACCCGGCAUCAGUUCAGGAAGGUGCUCAAUUGUAUGAAGGUGAUUCGGGCACUCAAAUACCAGGAGGUCUAUGCGCAGGAGAAGGUCACCAAAGUGGACAGCCUGUCGCUGGUGCUGAGCGGCAAAUUAGUUGUAUCGCAGCAUCAGCGGGCACUGCACAUUGUGUUUCCCCAUCAGUUCCUAGAUUCGCCAGAGUGGUUUGGCGUCUCGACCGAUGAUUUUUUUCAGGUGUCCAUUAUGGCCAUGGAGGAGUCACGUGUGCUCAUCUGGCAUCGGGACAAGCUCAAGCUUUCAAUAAUGGCCGAACCGUUCCUGCAAACGGUAUUCGAUCACAUACUCGGCCGCGAUGUGGUUAAAAAACUGAUGCAGGUGACACAGGUCAGCGAAUCGAUAGCCAGCAACGGUUUUCUGCCCUCGGGCGGCUAUGCAGAGGAUGCCGAGGACAAGCCCAUGCUCAUACUGAAGAAGAGCGUCGAUGUUGGCCAUGGACUGACGGCGCUCAUCAAUCGCCAGUUGCAGGCUCUGCCCAGGAUAUCGAAGUAUUAUGAUUGCGCCGGUGAUCCCAAUUCCUGGCGUCUGGGCCGGAUCGACGAGACUGACCAUGAGACGGCCGUGUGAAAGCGCAUCAGCAUAUAUGUAGAUGCUACAUAUAUGUAUAUAUAUAUAUAUCUAUAUGCAUAUACUAAUAUGUACUAUAUAUCUAAUGUGUGUAUAUAGAAAGCGAAGGUAGAUCGCUUCAACGUGGGACAAUGUUUAGACUUGUGUUUUUGAGUAUUAUUAGAUGUAUAUUUUUUUAGGCAAUAUGGAAUUCGCAUACGAAUACCAAAAUGCAAAGAGUACAUAAUGCAUACAUAUAUACUACUUACACAAUAUGUAUGUAUUUAAUAACAGCUACUUUGAAUGCGAUUAGGUCGAGUUGCGCAACCAAUUGAUUAAGCUACAAAAUCCAUGUUGAUUGACGAAAUGUAUUUUUUUAUUAUCUAAACUUAAGAAUACACAGCAUAUAAUUAAAUAUAGUAUUAGUUUGUAUGCGUUUGCAAUAGAUUAAGUGUGUAACUAUGUGUACUUGUGGCCAUUGGAUGCCUGAGCUCAUUCAGAGUUCGAAUUUAGCAAUCGUUAAUAUACAUAAAUGUGGACAAACCUAUUCAGUGUACUCAUUCCACUCUCUCGAUUACAACCCAGAUUCGCAGCUGAGUCUUACAAUUUAUUUAUGUGCCCCAUUUUGUUUUGUUACUUUCAAAUAUUUCUCCUUAAGGUAAUGUUGAGCUUACAUAAACUUGAUUGACCACAUUAAAAAUAUAGCAAGAAUUUAAGAAACAAAAAUUAUUUCAACAUUUGUUUUAGCUGCUGUUCGCUAUUAUCGAGACUGGCACGGAUGGCUCGUUAAGGCCCAUCCAUGUUUAAUUGCAAGCAUUCUCCAAAUAUUUCCAUAUCACAAAAAAUAGAUUCAGUAAAAAUAAUAUGCAGGCGUGCUCCAAUUUUGGGAAAACGGAAAAGCUUUCUCCUUUCAAAUGAUUUGAAUAUGCAUGAAGAAAACCAAUUCAAAAUGGUUCGAUUUUUUUUUUUAUUGACUUUAAAUUUGAAAAUUAGAUACGCAUUUUUUAAUAUAUGUACGUACAUAGUUACUUUGCGGUUCAGUGGAGUUUAUCAUCGCCAAAUAAUACCUUAUCGGUUCCGCCCACAUCUUGUGCCUUGUCGUGCCCAACUAGAUUCUGCAUCUCAGCAUUUCUCUAGUAACUUUCCGCCAUGUCCAAACAAACCGCAUUGAGAAUAAAAAAUCUGUUUUUUUUUUUUUUUGUUAUUGCGUGGAAUAAUUUGAUGGCUGGGUUGACAUCUCUACAAAAAUCGAAGAUUGUAGGGAACUCGCUCUAAAGGCAACCAACAAAAUUUUGAUUACUUUUCAAUUUGAAAAUUAUUUUUUUUCCCAAAAUGAUUCAUGCAAACAGUAUUUAAUGUGGUAUUGAUUCGACAAAUUACAAAUGAUGGCCAUUUUGAUUUGAACGUUAACCGCAAGUAUUCAGCUUAAAAGAUAUAUAUUUGUUUUUGAGUUUCUAGUGGAGAAAUCUUUAAUAUUUUAGCUACUAAUAGUUGAAAUGUUUUUGAUAAGUAUUUGAUAGUGUAUUUUAUACGUGGAGAUGAGUAACAAUUGGGCGAAAUUACAUACAUACACAUACAUAUAUAUAGUCAAGCCUUCGAUUUCCGACUCCACUGUAAAAAUGUCUCAUGGAAAGAGUCCAUUGCAUAUUUCUUGGUGCUGCACGAAAAUUGAAAAUGAAUUGAAGCGAAAUGAGUGUGUGAAUGUGGCAGACAAGAAGUGGAAAUAUGAUGACAAAUAUGCAUUUAGAGACACGCCCUUAACAAAAUGCCAUCCCCCAGCCCACCCAAAACGAGAAAAACGCCCCAUACAAAAUUGUCUGAAAUUUAAGUAUUAUAUUGUUGUAAUUGAUUUAAAGUGUUAAAUAAAUUAAAUAUUUAUUGUUG